AUGUUAGAACAAUGUCCCAAUGUAAAGACCUCAAUUGGUGCAAUAAGGAAGCGAAGGCAUUUGGUAUUCCCUGAUGGAAGUAAUGCUGUUAUCACGAUAUCGGCAGCUAAAGCGUUCAUGACGCACGCGCCAUCUGGCUGGAAUAUGGUAAUGGACUUGGAUGUGACGUUUCCCCUACCAGACCAAAAGUUCUCUGAUGAGCACAGAAGGAAAAAGCAUUACAGGCAGAAGAGGCAACUGUGGAAGCAGAUAGAGGACGCUCUUUACUUUCACAACAUGGAUGGUCGUGAGUGUGUGUUACGAAGCAUAUGUGAGAGCAAGAAAUACCUCGCACCGCCGGGGAAAUCCCUAGUUCAUGAUCUCACAAGGGCAAUAUUUACAGCAACAUUGCAAGAGGAUGAAAACGAAGUUAGUGAAAUGUACAAGGAAAUAUUGGAUCCGAACUUCUGCGACCGGCCUCAUGAUUGUCCAUUUUCUAUAUUGCAUUUUAUAUUAACGCUAAAUAAGCAAAAUGGUUGUUCCGUGUUGAGGCAUGUGUUCCUGCAGUGGGACCAAAUAUCAAUGGUGAUGGUGAUAUUGGACCAACUUAUUACUUAUUAUCCAAACUUCAUUAUUUGCCACAUUGUCUGCGCACCGAGCGCGUGGCACCACACUGAGCACAACGAGUCCUCGCCAACAGUUCCCUGCUGGGAGCUUUACAUGGAUCAUCCGUGCCACCACAUGACGAUCAGCUCCCAGAACGUCUUCGGCGGCGAGUGGCCGAAGACGUAA